AUGAAUUCUCUUUUCAAUUCCGCCUUGAAGCAGUCUUCUGCUAUCCGCCGCGAUCUGGACACAUUCUCCCAGUCGCCGGCCACAUCGUCCGCCGCGCUACAAGGUCAAAUUGCGGCCUCGCUGGCAUCACUAUCCCGCACCAUCGAUGACUACUCUGCCCUGUCGAAAAAAGAGUUGAUCCCGGAGAAGCAAGAGAAAGCCUUCGAGCGAGUGAAGAACUUCCGCACCGAGCUUGCAGACUACCGGCUACACUUCGAGCGACUGCGCAAAGAACGAGAAGAUGCACAAUCCGUAACGAACCGCAACGAGCUCCUCGGCCGACGCCCACACAACACCGCCACCCCCGAAAACCCCUACGCGCAAUCCUCCCUGCCCAACCCAUCCCCGUUCGGCAACCCGUCCUCGGCCCGAUCGGGCCUGGGAUUCGGCGGCGGCGCGGCCGACUACACCCGCGAGACUCAUGCGCUGCGCGAGCAGAGCUUCCUCGCCAAUACCGGUACGCAGCUGGAUGAGUUCCUCGAUCGGGGUCGCGCCGUCCUGGCGGAUUUGGGGCAACAGCGCGAGGUGCUCAAGGGCACGCAGCGUCGACUUUACAGUGUUGCGAACACGUUGGGGGUCAGUGGGGAGACGAUUCGCAAGGUGGAGCGGCGGGCGAAGCAGGACAAGUGGAUUUUCUGGGCCGGGGUGCUCAUCUUCUUCCUCUUCUGCUGGGCGGUACUACACUUUCUGAGGUAG